UAUAAAAUUGUACCCAUUUUGGCUCCCAUCUCGACGGCAUCCAGUUUCACGGGCAAUCAUUGCCACAGUCGCGAGCACCUUCACCCAUUUCUCCGUACUUUUCUUGAGAAGUAGUGACUUGCACAAUGGAGGUGGAAGUUCUCUUUGCACACAACUCCAAGUUGGUAACAAAAUGCCAACUACAGCCCAACUCGACGGUGGCGGAGAUCAAGAGGCAGGUUUACAGCGCCAAGAAAUCCCUCAACGUGGAUCGUCAAGCUAUCCGGCUGGCUGAGAAGGGUAAAUCCCUCCGUGAUAGCGAUACAAUGGCAUCCCUUGGCAUCCGCGACGGCAGCAAGCUCUACGUGAAGGAUCUCGGACCACAAAUUGGAUGGACAACGGUGUUCCUCGCAGAAUACGCUGGACCCCUCGCUGUGUACCUUUGGAUCUACCAGCGACCGUGGCUCUUCUACGGUGAUGGCCCCCACAGCCCCAUCCAUCAUACAGUUCACAUUGCAGCCGCCUGUUGGACAUUCCACUAUGCCAAGAGAUUACUUGAGACGAUCUUUGUGCACAGAUUCUCCCACUCCACAAUGCCGCUGAGGAAUCUAUUCAAGAAUUGCUCCUACUACUGGCUAUUUACUGCUUAUGUGGCUUAUCAUGUGAACCAUCCGCUGUACACCUCUCCCUGCACGAUGCAAGUUUAUGCUGGAUUAGCGGGUUUCCUGAUCAGUGAAUUGGGAAACUUCUCGAUCCACAUGAAUCUCCGCAAUCUCCGACCACCUGGCACAACAGUCCGGAAGAUUCCACAUGCAGACGCUAAUCCCCUCACGGCUCUCUUCAACUUUGUCUCGUGCCCCAACUACACCUACGAAGUCCUCUCUUGGCUCUCUUUCUCCCUCAUGACGCAAUGCCUUCCGGCGCUUGUCUUCACCGCCGCCGGAAUGUACCAGAUGACCAUGUGGGCCCUUGGGAAGCAUCGAAACUACAAGAAGGAAUUCAAGGACUACCCACGGCAGCGAAAGGCUAUUAUUCCUUUUGUCCUGUAAGGUUUCCCUGCGAGGGGUGUGCGCAAAGGAAUGCAUUUUAUUUAAGUACCUUUUGUGGAUCAGGAAGAUACAUUUUUCUUGAGGUUUUCCUGAAAAUUUCACAGCAGCUCUAAGAAAAGAUUUGUUAAGAAGACAUUUAGAGGAAGUUCCUUUCGGGAAUGUUCCUCAAAGUAGCAGGAAUUGCGUAGAUUUAACGGCCAUGGGUUGUUUUGAAUUUUAUCUUUUUCUUCAAUGUGGGAUUUCCAAAUUCCAUGCAAGUCUAUUUGAAUUAACUUUGCAGUAAGUGGGAAGUUGUAUCAAAUAGAUUCUUAGGGAUUUUUUUUUAAUACUAAAUGGUGUAUGAUUCAUUCUUGCCACUAAUUAAAAACAUUUCAUUCCAUUCAAUAAAUCUUUUGUUAGUCAAAAAAA